AUGAAGAUAGCGACGCUGUUUUUGAGCAUUCUGCUCCCCCUUGCGAGCGCCUUUCCGCUUUUUGAGCCCAGCUAUCACCCAAUCGUGGUCUGGCAUGGCCUUGGAGACAGCGCCUAUGCCGAGGGAUUGCAAGAGUUCGCCAAGGAGCUCCGCGAAGCAUUCCCCGGCAUCUACGUCCACAUCGUUGCUCUAGGCCAAGAUGCCACCUCGGACCAGCGAGCAGGUUUCUUUGGAAACGUCAACGACCAAGUAUCGACGGUAUGCACCGAUCUGUCGGCCGUGCCGGAGCUUGCCAACGGCUUCGAUGCCGUGGGUUUCUCGCAAGGCGGCCAAUUCCUUCGUGCAUACGUAGAGCGCUGCAAUGCGCCCCAGGUCCGCAACCUGAUCACUUUUGGCUCUCAGCAUCAAGGCAUCUCUGAUCUCCCUGCGUGCAAGCCCGGCGACUUCUUCUGUAGGUUGGCAGAGGGCGCGCUCCGGGGUGGCAUCUACACCGACUACGCCCAGUCGAACCUGGUCACGGCGCAGUACUACCGCGAUUCAAAGAGCCAGGAAACCUACCAACGAUACCUCGAGGCCAAUCACUUCUUGACAGACAUCAACAACGAGAAGAAGGAGGGCCGCAAUGCGACGUAUAAGGCCAAUCUGGAGAAGCUCGACAAUUUUGUCAUGCUCAUGUUCAACAAGGAUACAACCGUUGAGCCCAAGCAGUCUUCGUGGUUUGCUACGUACCCUGUGCCGUCCAAGGACAAGCAAGGUGCAGCGCAGGACAAGCUCGAGGUGCUGCCGCUGCGCCAAAGCGAAAUUUACCUUGAAGACCGCAUUGGCCUCAAGGCGCUCGACAAGCGUGGUGCCAUCAAGAUGGAGCUCUGCAAAGGCGUACACAUGCAAAUCGAUGCAGCGUGCCAGAUGAAGGUCUUUGGCCGUUACGCCGGCAUCGCACCACCAUCCAAGGUGAUCCCGGCAUCCGUCAGGCACGCCUGGGCACGAGCUAUCCAUGCGACCAUGACGACGCUCCGGUCGAAAGAGAUCCUCCGCUGGAUCCGAAUGCAGUUCCGUCUUCUGGGCAGCGCUCUCGGAUGGAGCUGAGAUAGCCUUGGGAAUUGGCUCGUCACUCUUUGUAUAUAGACUCUCGCUGUCCUUGUUCACCGUUCUCUCUGCUGCGUUAGAACGUCAUGGAAUGCAUGUUUGUCCUUGGGAACAACGAUGUGCAUUGGUAACAACG